AACUGCAUUUCCCAUGAGGCUGCGCGUGUUCUCAGCGCGUGAGAGAGUGGGUGAACGCGGAGGGUCGCGGCAAAAAGGUUUGUCAUCUUUUCGUUUUUAACCCAAUGUUUCACCCCGCAACAGGCCAAGUCGACGAGAGAACCGCUAAACCUCGCCCCACAGCCUCGGCACAUUUUCAGUCAGAUAUGAGCGGCAGCGGGCGGCCCAGGACGACCUCGUUCGCUGAGCCUCAGGGGGCGUCCGGAGCCGCUGCAGCAUCCGCCGGAUCCGCCGCUGUCGUGGGGAGCAACGCAGGAAAGCCCGGGGUCUCGCAGGCCUCGGCGGACAGUUCAUCUGCUUGCGCAAAUUUAAAACUAUCUAGAGACAGUGGGAAGGUGACCACUGUGGUUGCCACCCCAGGCCAGGGCCCGGAUCGCCCGCAGGAGGUGUCCUACACCGAUAUCAAGGUGAUCGGUAAUGGCUCCUUUGGCGUGGUGUAUCAGGCACGCCUCAUUGACAGUCAGGAGUGGGUGGCCAUCAAGAAGGUACUUCAGGAUAAGCGGUUUAAGAACCGAGAACUUCAGAUCAUGAGAAAACUGGACCACUGCAAUAUAGUGAGGCUGCGCUAUUUCUUCUAUUGCAGUGGAGAGAAGAAGGACGAGGUUUACCUCAAUCUGCUGCUGGACUAUGUGCCUGAGACUGUGUACAGGGUGGCACGACACUUCAGCAAAGCUAAAACCAUUAUUCCCAUCUUUUAUGUGAAGGUGUAUAUGUAUCAGCUUUUCCGCAGUUUGGCCUAUAUCCAUUCCCAGGGCGUGUGUCACAGAGACAUCAAACCACAGAACCUUCUGGUGGACCCAGAAACAGCUGUUCUCAAGCUCUGCGACUUUGGCAGUGCAAAGCAGCUGGUGAGGGGUGAGCCCAACGUCUCUUAUAUCUGCUCACGAUACUAUCGUGCCCCUGAGCUCAUCUUUGGUGCGACAGACUACACCUCCAACAUUGACAUCUGGUCAGCUGGAUGUGUGCUGGCCGAACUGCUGCUGGGGCAGCCCAUCUUCCCUGGAGACAGUGGUGUGGACCAGCUAGUGGAGAUCAUAAAGAUACUUGGAACACCCACAAGAGAACAGAUCCGUGAAAUGAACCCGAACUACACAGAGUUCAAAUUCCCACAGAUCAAAGCACAUCCAUGGACCAAGGUGUUUAAACCAAGAACUCCUCCUGAGGCAAUAGCCCUGUGCUCUCGGCUGUUAGAGUACACGCCAGUGACACGACUGUCUCCGCUCCAGGCUUGCGCUCAUGCCUUCUUUGACGAGCUGCGCCAACCUGGCACCCGUCUGCCCAGCGGUCGAGAGCUGCCUCCGCUUUUCAACUUCACCUCCACAGAGCUGAUGAUUCAGCCGCAGCUCAAUCCCUCUCUCAUUCCACCUCAUGCCCGCGCACAGACCGUAGCUUCCUCCAGCGAUGGCUCUGAAGGUUCUGUACAGCCCGGAUCUACUCUGACCAACAGCACCUGAGGCUGUCUCCCAAAAAAAUCAAGCUUACACACCACAGCAUCUGAGCCACCUCAGCGCACAUCUCUCCCUCUGACAAACACACACACAGUCUUACACGCUUUUUACCUCAUACACGGCUUCUCCUCCCUAUAGCUCUAAUUCACACAUUUCCCGUCUGAUUCAGGCGUCAGUUACCAGUUCCUGCACGGCGUUCUGGGAAACCCAAUGUUUGCUGACUGUUGAACAAGCUUGCAGUCUACAGAGAAACAUACUGGACACACACAUACACACCAACACACUGCCAUGCACAUGCAACAAACAAGAAAAAAAA